AACCAGGCUGUAAACAUGUUUAACAGUGCUGUAAAGUUGGGCUUUUUAACAUGGGGCUAAGCAGCUAGCCGUAGCGGGGCCACGCUAAUCCCUGCAAUGUUUGCUGCACGACCAAAUAUCUCAAGUUCAGAGUCAGUUUUAAGUACCACUGUAGGAGGCAAUAAAUUGAGCACUCCAAAGUAAUUGUAAUUGUUAUGACAUUUUUGCGUCUUAAAUUAUAUUUGUUGAGGUCUUAAAAGAGUCUUAAAAAGCAUUAAAUUUUCCUUUUGAAAUGGUGCAAGAACCCUGUUUACAGCAUCAGCGUUGUUUGUUUGUGCUGAAAUACGCUACAUCUCUCCCUCUCCCUUUUUAAUAAUGCUGCUUUAAGACUCGGUUAAUGCAAGCCCUUCCCACUCUGCAGUCAACGCGUUUCUACUCUCCCUCUCCCUCCCUCUCCCUCCCCUGCCUCCUUCCCUCUCUCCGCGAUGCUGGUGUGCACCGUUCAAGUCAAUGUGUCGAGCUGCAGAGCCGGUCCGGGCUGCAUUUAGCUGACUAAACACAGGGACUCUCGGCCGCGUUAGCCGGCGUCUGCAGCAGUGGCAAGUGGCUGGCGAAUUCCCAGCCAGUCUGGGAGCCCUGGACGGCCCAUACCGCGACAUGUCUCUGUAGGACUGAGGACUGAGGAUUUGAUUGCUGCUCUCUACAGCACAUCAGAUACUGAGAGGUUUUAAUCACCAUAUACUGGUUGGGUCGCGCUGCCAACAGCUGCACCUCGUACAACGGGCCCACGCUGGACCUGAAAGAGUUCGAGGGCCUGCUGUCACAGAUGCGAAAGGAGGCAGACGAGGCGGAGAGCCCUAAACGCAGCAUCCGGGACAGCGGCUACAUCGACUGCUGGGACUCUGAGCGCAGCGACUCCCUCUCCCCGCCGCGGCACGGGCGUGAGGAUUCAUUCGACAGCCUGGACUCCUUCGGCUCACGCUCUCGACAGACCCCGUCGCCGGACGUCCUGGUCGCCCGCGGCAGCAGCGAUGGCCGCGGCAGCGACUCGGAGUCCGACGGCCCCCCUCACCGGAAGAUGCCAGACGUCCGUAAAGACGACAUGUUGGCACGGCGGACGUCCGUCAGCGAGCCGCGAACCGCCAUGCCCUUCAACCAGUACCUGCCCAACAAGAGCAACCAGAGCGGCUACAUGCCGACGCCGCUCCGCAAGAAGAAGAACAGCGAUAAAGAGGAGGGAGGGCGCAAGAGCUGGAGUACGGCCACCUCACCUGUAGGGGGCGACAGACCUUUCAGUCCUUGUGAGGCCUCUAGCUUAGACCCCUCAGCUCGAGAUUCCCCGAGUCCGUCUCCCACCCCGCCUCCUCAACUCUAUAUCCAGAUUCAGGACGAGGAUGACGGGGAGCAGACUGCGUCCAUACCUUGCAUUGAGGUCCACGCAGUGAACAUGAGGAGGAGCAGUGAGCCUCUGCCAUGUAGCCUCCCCGAGCCCCAGGCAGACCCCCCCAGGGAGAGACUAACUUUCCUGACGGUCACCUCUGAGCAAAGUACUCCGUCUCGCUCGUGCUCAGAGGAACUUUUCCACCAUUCCACGACUCUGGCGGUAAAUGCCGCGGCGGCCUCGGCGGUCGCGACGAGUCCCGUUAACGCGGCCGGGAAGCACUCGCCCCUGACAAACCUGGAGGAUGAGGGGGCGAGGAGAAGGGCGGCGGGCUCUCCGGCGGUAGUCGCGGACGCAGAGGGGGACGAUAAGCCGGUCUGCCGGGUGCCGACCUCGCCCAAAUACGCCGCCGCCCCGAGUCCCUCCGGCUUCUUUCCGGCGCCCACUUCAGCAGGAACAGCCAGGACACUGAGUGACAGGGAAGAAGGAACAGCUUGGGUGGACAGCAGGCAUCCAGCAACAUUCAGCCACACAGAUAGUGUGUCAGAUGAUCCACAGAGCGUAAGUAUGAUCGACAUGCGUGGUGAGGAAGAGGCCGCGCUGCAGCCGCACAGCCAGGUGCGUCACGAGCUGAUGCACAACCAGUACAACCAAAUGAAGGAGGAGGAGGAUCACUGGCAGGACGAUCUGGCCCGCUGGAAAAACCGGAGGAGGAGUAUUUCCCAGGACCUGAUCAAGAAAGAGGAGGAGAGGAAGAUGAUGGAGCAGUUGCUGACAGGGAACCCCUGCAUGUCACACAGGAGGAGAAGCAUCAAGACCUACAGAGAGAUAGUAGAGGACAAGGAGCGGCGUGAGGAGGAGUUGCGUCAGGCGUACAGAAGAGCCAGAACCCCCGAGGAAGCGUCCUUCAUCCUCCAGCGCUACGCCCAGCGCUUCUCCAUCAGCGAGGCCGUCCUGGAACGCCUGCAGCUUCCCAAGCUCCUGGACCGCAGCGUGUCGGCCGACCCCUCCUUCCCCGGCUCGCCCUUCCCCCUCUCCCUCUCCCUGUCGGCCUCCCCCACGACCCCGGAGCCCUUCGACCUGGACCCCAACGGGCCCCUGAGGUACCUGCGCCAGCAGUCCGCCCCGACUCCCAAGUUCACGUCCACGCUGGAGGCGCGAAUCGAGGAGUUCCCCAGAGACUCGUCCUCACACCAGCGGCCUCAGAUACGCUCCCGCUCGUCCGAGCCGCCGUCGACCAGAGCCCUUUCGCCCAAACCGGUGCCUUUGCUGACACCCAAGCCUUACUUCCAGUCCCGACCCGCAGCAGCCGACGCUUUGAAUAACAAGGCUGAUGUCUUGCUGCGGGUAAACGGCGACGCGGGAAACACCGACGUUCCCACCACGCCUGAAAGUCAAGGGAGAGAAUCUCCUCCUCACUUCGAGGCUUCCCCUUCGAAAAGCAGAAACGGCUCCGUGGACGCUCCGUCGUCGGCGGCAGCCUCGCCGGCUCACACCGUUCACGUCUCGUCCUCUGGAGCAGGUGGAAGUCCAACGUCCGGGUCCAAGGACGGCGGCACAGAGGCAGCUUCUGAAGACGUACGAGGAGAGAAGGCCGUCGAGCAUUCGACACCACCCAGUCGGCCCACAUCACUUCCAACCGAGCUGCAGAAGCCAGAGGAAACCUUUGUGAAGACAGCAGCUGCUCCACAGGAAGAAAAGGCUGCAGCUCAGCCGCCUCCACCUGCAGAAGUCAAACAAGAUCAAGAAAAGACUGAACCAUCCAGUGAAACCUUCUUCAGUCUUGUUCAGUCUGGGGUCAACACACAGCAGAGUCAGCCAGUAGCUGAUGCGCACAUUUCUCAGACAAGAGUUUCCAGUUGCGAGUGGUCACAGAGUUCAUCUGCACCGGGAGGAUCUUUUGGAUAUCACCCACCAAGGGACACGACUGCAGAGUUUGCAAACAGUGUCAAGUCCCCGCUGCCAACCAGCAACCCUAAGUUACGCUCGGAGUUCUUCGCCUCGCCAGAGGACGCAGAGAAGGAUCAUCGUGGAAACGUGUCAGUCCCGGUGUUGCCCCAGGCCAAGCGGGGUGACCGCUGGUCUUGGGACCCGGAUGAGGAGCGAAAGCGUCAGGAAAGGUGGCAGCAAGAGCAGGAGCGCAUGCUGCAGGAGAAGUACCAGCGCGAGCAGGAGAAGCUGAAGGAGGAGUGGGAGAGAGCUCAGAGGGAGGUGGCGGAGGAGGAGAGGAAGUACCACGAGGAGGAGCGCAGGAUACUGGAGGAAACGGUGACGCCCCUGACGCCCCGCUCGUCGGCCCUGCCUUCUCCCAGCCGAGGGGAGCUCACCUCCACCUCCGGGCUGCAGGACACUAUCGUCCGCUCGCUGGCCGACUGGGAACGCAAACAGGAACUCCUGGAGAAGCAGUCGGUGAAUAGCUCGUUGAAGGGAAGCACGGAGAGCGUCGAGUGGAAACGGAGAGAAAACGACAGGACCAGUGACAUCAGCACCGCCGACGACAGCAUGAAAACAGCCAGAAGUUCGGUGAGUCAGAGCAGCAGUCAGGUGGAGAUGCUCGUUCACAGCCUUCAGAACGGCCAAAAGCUUCCUCCUCCUCCUCCGGCGUCCACCAAGCCCUCCACUCCCGUAAAGAAACAAGCAGAGGUCUCAGCAGACACCAACAAACCCAGCCGGCCUGCUGGAGACCGAAGGAGCGGCCCCAUUGAUAAUAACAUGGGCCGCGGCUCAUCAAAGCCGCCCGCUGCAUGUCCAUCACCUCCAGACUCGCUGCCUCCAGCACCCAACAGGUCGGUCAGUGGGAAGAAGCUGUGCUCCAGCUGUGGUCAGCCUUUAGGGAAAGGGGCGGCCAUGAUCAUAGAGACCCUCAGCCUCUACUUCCACAUCACCUGCUUCAAGUGUGGGGUGUGUAAGGGGCAGUUAGGCGACACAACCACGGGGACCGACGUCCGGAUCAGAAACGGCCUCCUCAACUGCCACCAGUGCUACAUCCGCUCCCGCUCUGCCGGACAGCCGACCACGUUGUGACGCUCGCCCGGAAAAAAAGCACAAGGUUCAUGGAAGAGAAAAAAAGAAAAAAACAACAACCCAUCCCCGUGUUUUAACCCGAUUAUCUGCAAAUCAUGUCCUUCGCAGCGCGCCGGGAUCUUUGCAUCCUCCGCAGCUCAAUACCCAUUGAAGAUUCAUCGUGAGGGCCAAACAGGGGGGAGGAUUAGGGAGGGGAGGGGGGUCAGGAUGUUUAAAAACGAUAUAUUCUUCGUGUUCAUGUCGUCUGAUACGUGAGAGAAAUCUGGAUGUGACUGGUCCUCAUUCCACCACAGACUAUGUUCUUUUCAUCACGCUCUGAGGCGGCGGCGGCGGCGGCCAUGUUGGAAAGAAAACACAGUUUACAGAUGUGUAGGACACGAUGACGAGCGUCACGGUCAGAGCGAACACGUGAGAAGGAGAAGAAGAAGAAGAAGAAAGCGAGGUGAUCAAAUAUCGAGUAGAAUCAGAUUCUAUUUUCCUGGUUUUAACAUUUAGUUCCAUAUGAUGGAAACCGAUCACGUGUUUUUGUUUUUUAAAUUUUCCAAACAAAUAAUGGAAAAGAAAACAUUCCCCAAACAGGCUGGAUCUGAAAAGUAUGAAUCAUUUUUAGUUCCCAUCAGUAGAUAUAAAAAAGAGAAAAAGGUUCAUGUAGAAAGUGCAAUAAAGGUCACUUUAAAUCCCACAGACACAGUUAGAGUCACUGCUUCGUAUCCCUCGGCCCACGCAGUGACCUCUUAUUGCUCUCGUUCUGUGUUCAGAAUAGAAUUAGCUUCUAAUAUAAAGACGUAUAACGGAUGUAGGUUCAUCAUUAGGGCAAUAACACGACAGUCACGGGCAGGUUGUUCCUCGUCCGGUCUGUCAGCUUGGAAACUUUAAUGUGCCUUAGGAAAGCAGGACGAUGCAGGAAGCGAAAAACACCAGCUGUAUGGUGUUUUAAUCUUUCCUUCUUUUUAUUAUUUUAUUUUAUUUUAUUUUAUUUUUUUUAGUUUCAGGGAGGGGGGUCGGCCAAAUUUAAAGCACUGCAGACUGCAGCCCUCCCUCCCUCCCGCCACCUGACAAGUGCUGUUUAUCUCCAGAGGAACGACACACGCUUGAUUUCAUAUUCACCCCCGCGAUUCCUCCGUGGUUUUGUAGUGGAAUAAGCGGCGCAAAGGAAAGGAUCUCUUUCUGUUGUCUGUUUGAGAUGAAACGCAGAAUGAGAAAGACUGCAACAGCAGCAGCAGCAGCAACGAGGGGGGGUUGAAAAGAAAUAAACGUGGAUUUAGUUUUGAAUGUUGUUAGAUUCUAGAGAGAUAGAGAGUUCUGUAUGCUAUUAAUUGAGGUAAUUUUGAUAAUUGCUCAGUGGUAGAAUUCAUUUAUACACUUAAAAACACACAUAUAAAAUAUAUAUAUAUACAUAUAUAUAUUUAGAGAAAAAAAAAAGGAGUUACAUGUAGUUACACAGCAGAGGUUAUAUGAACACAUACCAGCAGCCGUGCAAUAUUUGGUUGGAAGAAAACUGAAGAUCUGUGCCGCCAGCUGCACAUUUGAAAUCACUUGCUUCUUUUAUUUUUUUUUCCUCAUGAGAAGAGCUGUGUUGUGGAUGUAAAAAAAAAAUUAUAUAAAUAAAUACAAAUGCACGUUUAAGCCUAAAACCAAAUGAUUUGCUGUACGAGAGCAAACUAGCAGCCUCCUCCUCCUCUUCAUCCUAUAGCCAAGCUUCUCCUCCCGGGUUCAUCUCUCUGAUCUACAGUAUUUCUAAGCUUCUGUUACAAUUGUGUAUUUUUUUUUUUAUUUUAUUUUAUUCCUAUCCUCAUUUAGUUACUGAAUAAUAAAUCUCAGCUGAGUCUCUUAUAGCGGGAUCUUUGAGACGGAGCUCUACUAUAUCCAGACGGGCGUCUUCUUAACAGGAUAGUUGGGGAAUGAAAAGCCUUUUACGUCUGUUCUGUAUUUAUUGUAAUAUUCACCUGAACACUAUCCGAGAUAUAGAUUAAUUUGGUGUUUAAAUGCAACGGCAUUUAUAGCAUACUGUAUGUUUAUAAAUAAAAUGUUAUAAAUUAAA